AAAUUUGCUCAAACAAUGAUCUUUGCCAUAAAUGAGAUCAACAAUAAUCCUGAAAUGCUGCCUAAUGUUAAACUUGGCUACAAGAUUUAUGAUAACUGUGGAACUAUGGACAUACUGAGAGCGGCACUGGCAUUGGUGAGUGGACUAAAAGGAGAAAUCAGAGAUGACAACUGCACUAAAGCUGAGACAGUACAAACCAUCUUGGGACAUUCAGGAUCAAGACCAACUAUUGCAUUUGAACAGGUUGUUGGAAGGUUUCAUAUACCUGUGAUUAGCCAUUUUGCCACCUGUGCCUGUCUGAGCAACAAGAAAGAGUAUCCCACUUUCUUCAGAACGAUUCCCAGUGACUACUACCAGAGCAAAGCCUUGGCAAAGCUGGUCAGGCACUUUGGUUGGACCUGGAUUGGGGCUAUAGCUGUAAAUAAUAAAUACGGCCUCAAUGGCGUAGCUGCAUUUGUCCAAGGUGCACAAGAAAAUGGAGUGUGCAUUGAGUAUUCUGAAGCAUUUUCAUCAUCAGAUCCACCUGAUAGACUACAGAGAAUAAUAGAGAUCAUUAAGCAUGGCACCUCCAAAGUUAUCUUGGCUUUUAUGUCUCACAGAGAAAUUAAGUUGCUCUCAACAGCACUGUACAAACAGAAUGUUACAGGACUGCAGUGGGUUGGCAGUGAUGCCUGGAUCACAGAUCACUCUCUGACUGACAGCGAGGGACACAGCAUCCUGGUGGGUUCACUAGGCUUCACUGUCAGCCGGGCUCAGAUCCCCGGGCUGGAGGAGCACCUGAGGGAGCUCCUCCCCUCACAGUUCCCUGACAGUCAGUUUGUCAGAGAUUUCUGGGAAAACACGUUCGACUGCUCUCUGAAUGAAACUGCAAACACACAAAGAAAGCCUUGCAGCGGUUUUGAGAGCUUACAAAAUGUUGAAUCACAGUUCACUGAUGUGUCUGAGCUGAGAUUCACUAACAAUGUGUACAAGUCAGUUUAUGCAGUGGCUCAUGCUCUUGACAACCUGAUCAAAUGUGAGGAUGGUAAAGGGCCCUUUUCAACCGGGGGCUGUGCUGAUAUCAAACACAUUCAACCAUGGCAGGUUCUGCAAUAUCUCAGCACUGUGAAUUUCACCACUGGGGAAGGGGAGAGAGUCUAUUUUGACAAAAAUGGAGACUCACCAGCAAGAUAUGAACUUGUUAAUUUACAAAUGACCAACAAAGGAACAAUGGAUGGAAUAACAGUUGGCAUUUAUGAUGCCUCUUUUCCAGAGAGUCAUCAGUUUAUAAUGAAUAACAUCCCAGUUGUCUGGGGAAAUGGGCUGACUGAGGAGGUGCCUGUGUCAGUCUGCAGUGAGAGCUGUUUGCAAGGAACUCAUAAGGUCCUCCAGAAAGGAAGGCCAGUCUGCUGUUAUGAUUGCAUACCCUGUCCAGCAGGCGAGAUCAGUAAUUUAACAGAUUCAAUACACUGUAUGAAAUGUCCACCUGAAUACUGGUCCAACAGCCAAAGAGAUGCCUGCAUCCCCAAAGCAAUAGAAUUCUUGGUAUAUGAUGAAAUCCUGGGGAUGCUUUUAGCAUUAUUUUCAUUGCUGGGAGUUUUUGUGACUAUGAUCACAACACUAGUCUUCUACUGCCACAAAGAAACCCCACUAGUACGAGCCAACAACUCUGAGCUGAGCUUCCUGCUGCUCUUCUCCUUGACCCUGUGUUUCCUGUGUUCUCUGACCUUCAUCGGCCGGCCCUCUGAGUGGUCCUGCAUGCUGCGACACACUGCGUUCGGCAUCACCUUUGUCCUCUGUAUCUCUUGUGUUCUGGGGAAAACUAUAGUAGUGUUAAUGGCCUUCAGGGCUACACUUCCAGGCAGUAAUGUAAUGAAGUGGUUUGGGCCUGCACAGCAGAGACUCAGUGUUCUGGCUUUCACUCUCAUACAGGUUUUAAUUUGUAUUCUUUGGCUGACAAUUAGCCCGCCAUUUCCCUUCAAAAAUCUGUUGCUCUAUCAGGAUAGAAUUAUCUUAGAAUGUGAUCUUGGCUCAGCUGUAGGCUUCUGGGCUGUGUUGGGGUAUAUAGGACUCCUGGCUGUGCUAUGCUUCAUCCUUGCUUUUCUGGCUCGAAAGCUGCCUGAUAAUUUCAAUGAAGCCAAAUUCAUCACCUUCAGCAUGUUGAUAUUCUGUGCAGUCUGGAUCACCUUCAUCCCAGCGUAUGUCAGCUCUCCUGGGAAGUUCACUGUGGCUGUGGAGAUAUUUGCUAUUCUGGCCUCCAGCUAUGGGCUGCUCUUCUGCAUUUUCAUGCCAAAAUGCUUUAUAAUUCUGUUUAGGCCUGAGCAGAACACUAAGAAACACAUAAUGGGAAAGACAUUUAAUAAUGAUAUACAUCAUUAA